CUGGACUUCUCACCACGCGUUAAUCUGGAUGUAUCUGCUCUCAUCGCUCUUGUUGCUGAUCUUAAUCAUCUAAUCCCUACUUCGCUGAUCGCAGUUGGCCAACACAAGUCUUUGGGCCUGACAGAACUAAACAGUGGCGACGACAAGCCAUACAAGCCUGACUCCAUACUUUCGAACGGAUUGCAGAUUAAACCUCAGCAGAUGAUCCUGUGA